GGGUGCAGUCCCAAUCUUCCCACCUACCUCAAUGUGGACAUUAAAUCUUUUGCCGAGAACUGUAACCCUACGUUUGGCGCUACAAUGCUAUGUUCUGCUCUAUACUAUUUUGUUUUGUACGUGUAGAAGGGUCUCGACCCGAAACGUCACCCAUUCCUAGGUACACAAAAAUGCUGGAGAAACUCAGCGGGUGCAGCAGCAUCUAUGGAGCGAAGGAAAUAGGUGACGUCACCCAUCCCUUCUCUCCAGAGAUGCUGCCUGUCCUGCUGAGUUACUCCAGCAUUUUGUGCCUGUCGUCAGUGUAAACCAGUUCGUUCUGACACCUCUUCUGGCAGUUCAUUGCUUAUACCCGCCACCCUCUGGGUAAAGAAUGUUGCUCCUCAGAUUUCUAUUAAAUCUUUCCCCUCCCACCUGAUUACCUGAUGAGUAGCAUGCAAACAAAAACACUUUUACCGACAACAAUAAACCAAUACUAAUUCAAAAGUAGGUCAGUUAUGAGAUGGUGAGACCACCCUUCCUAUUUCAAAUGAUUUUUGUUGUGUGACAAUGUGUGUUUCACGGUGCAGCGCCGAGCUGGGGUCUGUUUAAACGUGUCCUCAAGAUCUGAAGUUUGUUUGUAGCCGAAAGAAACUGCAAGGGUGGGGUGCUAAGUGAUAGGAAUCCUUCAAGCCAGGGAACACUCACCCUUUAGCUAACGUGUCUCCACACUCGUGCGAGUUCUGUCAGACUGAACAGUUGGCGUUUUCUUUUAAGGCCAUCGUUUUCGACGCCGUCCAUGCGUGACUGCCCCUGGAAUCGCAAUUGGAAACUAUCGCUACCUCUGCUGGAAAAAAAAUCCGCGCAAAACUGCCGCUGGAAACAAAAAAAAAGUUGCAUCCACACUUUUUAUUCUUCGUUCUUGUUUCUGCAUUUGUUUCUGCAUUUGAUACUUUUUAAGAGCCACGUUGGCGGGGAUCUGACUGAACUCAACUUUAAACAAAAUACGCUUUAUCAGCUUUAAGCAACGCAUAUUAUAUGGACCAAAAUAAGCAAAUUGUUUUAUAAGAAGUCUGAGAAGAUUAAGGGGUAGCGCCGGCUGCCAAACCUCGUGUAAGGCAUCAUGAGUUCUGGUGCUGUGUAAGGAGAUAUGGUUCUGAUUACACUGUUUUCAUGGAAAUCGCGUAGUUCUUUGGAAAGCUCCGGGCUUCAGAUCCCACUGCCGAAGUCACCUGCCAAUACCCAGCCUACAAGUCUCUGUCUGCUGCGCCGAGACACAUUGAGCCUCUGAGCCCAGGGUCAGCGGAUCACCGGGACAUGGGAAGUCUGUGAAAAUACACAGCAGCUUGGCGAUUGGGUUUGUGUUGGUGGAGCCGGUGGUGAGUUGAGUUGUCCCUGCUACAAUGUUCCCUCUCAGCCGCGGCUGUUGCGUUGCAGUUCUGGGGAUGUGCCUCUGGGAGUUGGUCGUCUUCUCCGAUGGUGCCCGUGGGAACCCUGUGGAGGACUAUGAUUAUUAUCUGCAAGAGAUCCUUUCCAGAGAGGGUCUGUACCACCCCGAGGGACGCGGGAACCCAGAGGCUCCCGUGGAAAGUGAGCCCAGUGCAAGGGUAAAGAACGUCAAAGAGAAGUCCGCAGGGGCGCCAGUCAAGAAAAGAAAUCAUAAUACUGAGAAAGCGAAAAAAUCCAAUGGAAAAACACCAAAUAGCAGUCAAGAAAACUAUAAGGUGCCUGAAAAAAAGAUUGAGAAAUGUCCGCCACUGGGCCUGGAGACACUGCGUGUGGAUGAUUUUCAGCUUCAUGCAUCCACUGUCCAGCGUUAUGGUUUGGGGGCUCACAGAGGCAGACUCAAUAUCCAGGCUGGAAUCUAUGAAGAUGACUUCUAUGAUGGGGCUUGGUGUGCUGGCAGGAAUGAUAAUUCACAAUGGUUUGAAGUGGAUGCCAGACGACUAACUAAAUUCACUGGCGUAAUAACACAAGGAAGAAACUCAUUGUGGUCGAGUGACUGGGUGACAUCGUACAGUGUUCUGUUGAGCAAUGACAGCUACAGCUGGGUCACCGUCAAGAAUGGAUCAGAUGAUAUGAUAUUUACAGCGAACCAAGAGAAAGAGAUUCCUGUACUGAAUGAGUUCCCCACUCCAGUAGUUGCUCGCUACAUUAGAAUAAAUCCUCGCAGUUGGCUCAAAGAUGGUGACGUCUGUAUGAGGGUGGAGAUCUUGGGAUGUCCCAUGCCCGAUCCUAAUAAUUACUACCACAGGCGAAAUGAAGUCAUUACAUCAGACGAGCUUGAUUUCAAACAUCACAGUUACAAGGAAAUGAGACAGAUGAUGAAGAUAGUUAAUGAGCAGUGUCCAAACAUCACUAGGAUCUACAACAUUGGCAAAAGUUAUCAAAAAAUGAAACUCUAUGCCAUCGAGAUCUCUGAUAACCCAGGAGAGCAUGAAGUUGGUGAGCCUGAAUUCCAUUACUCUUCAGGAGCUCAUGGCAAUGAAGUGCUUGGUCGUGAGUUACUCCUCUUACUGAUGCAGUUCAUUUGCCAGGCAUACUUGGCAGGAAAUCCAAGAAUCAAGCACCUUGUAGAGGAGACAAGGAUCCAUUUGGUACCUUCUAUUAAUCCUGACGGUUAUGAAAAGUCAUUUGAGAUGGGUUCAGAACUGGUAGGCUGGUCUUUGGGACGUUGGACUCAUGAUGGCAUCGACAUCAAUCAUAAUUUUCCUGACCUCAAUUCUAUUAUUUGGGAAGGAGAGGAGCGCAGGAGGGGCUAUAAGAAAGUGGACAAUCAUCACCUACCAAUCCCCGAGUGGUAUUUAUCUGAAAACGCCACUGUAGCCGUUGAAACACGAGCAGUGAUUGCCUGGAUGGAGAAGUUUCCAUUUGUGCUGGGUGGAAAUGUACAAGGUGGAGAAUUGGUGGUGACCUACCCAUUUGACAUGACGAGACUGAGCACAAAGGUUCAGGAGAACACGGCCACCCCAGAUGAUCAUGUCUUCCGGUGGCUGGCAUUCUCUUAUGCUUCCACACACCGCCUAAUGACAGAUGCAAACAGAAGAGUGUGUCACACAGAUGAUUUUGCGAAGGAAGACGGAACUAUCAACGGGGCAUCGUGGCACACAGUAGCAGGAAGUAUGAAUGACUUCAGCUAUCUGCACACAAACUGCUUUGAAAUAUCUAUGUACGUGGGCUGUGACAAGUUUCCUCAUGAGAGCGAACUGCCAGAGCAGUGGGAAAAUAAUCGGGAAUCCCUCCUUGUUUUCAUGGAACAGGUCCAUCGUGGUGUCAAAGGUUUAGUGCAAGAUAAACAAGGGAGAGGCAUUCCAAAUGCUGUCAUAUCAGUUGAAGGCAUUAAUCAUGAUGUUACAACAGCUGCUGAUGGGGACUAUUGGCGACUCUUAAACCCAGGCGAGUACAAAGUCACUGCCAAGGCUGAAGGUUACUCGAGUGCAACCCGAAACUGUGAAGUGGGAUACGACAUGGGGGCAACUCCGUGUCAUUUUAUUUUGGCCAGGACAAACCUGGCAAGAAUCAAGGAGAUAAUGGAGAAGUUUGGGAAGCAGCCAAUCAACCUGUCACUUAAACGGUUUCGGCGGGUUCGGCACAGACGCCGCCAGUUGUAGGAACUCCUCCCGUGGACAAACUUACCAAGAGAUAGACUUUCUAAAAUAGCACAUUACAAGAUGUUUUAUACAACAUAACGCAUUCUGCUAAAGUACAAGGUGUAUUCUGUGUUUGUACUAUCUGUGGACACCACAUCCCGUUUGUUAUUUCAAUACAGGUCCACAACUGAUUAUCUGGCAACUGGUAGUCCAGCGCCUCCUUUAAUCCUUACAAAAUUCUCCCCCCGAAAAUAUUGCGUCUAGGCCUGGUGAUGCAGCCGAUGUCAACCUUAUCGGGACUUCCGUGCUGAUUGACGGGUUGAAUCUUCCGGCUGCAGCCAGGGCUCUGGAACUCUGGCCCGGCCAGAACCGGCAGAUGCGUUCCCAUAGCCAACGUCCACGACCAACUUUGUGUGCCGGUAUCUUGACCCUUCUAAGGCCGUGACCUCUGUUGGUCCAGCAAAACCGAUAAUCCAGAAAGGCUCUGGAAUUAAGGGUGCCGGAAAAUCAGUGGUGUGCCUGUAUAACAUUUGUAACUUUUACACUAUUCAGCACUUUUCUGCACCACGUCAUUUGAAAGCCUGCCACACCACUCCAUACACACUGAGGACAUUUUAUUUGAAGAAGGAUCUGAGGGCCUUGACCGGAAACGGUACCCAUUCCUUCUCUCCAGCGAUGCUGCCUGUCCUGCUGAGUUACUCCAGCAUUUUGUGUCUAUCUUUGCCUUAAACCAGCAUCUGCAGUUUCUUCCACACACAAGGAUAUUUUAAUUAUUUGGUUUGGAAACACCGGCCACCUCUAACAGAGACUAUAUUGAUUUUACUCAUUUAUCAAACAAGGUUGCCCUUUUAAAUAUUUUCCAAAUACCGGAAGGAUUUGGUUUAUAAAGGAAUAGAAACAAAUGUAAUUGGCACGCAGGAAAAGAGCAGCUGACCUAAUAAACCUGCCGUACUGUGAUCAUCAUGGCCGAAUAUUUCCUCCCUUCCCUAACUAAUCCAAAGACAUUACAGUGUCAGCAGCCACAUCAUCAUGUGGGAAAGGUUAACACAAAAGGGUAUAACAAAACUUAAGGAAAAAUUCUGUUCCAACUCACUCAAAUGUCGAACUUUAUCUACAAAGAUACUUCCCUAAUAUAUGAUUCAAUCUUUACCACAGUAUGAAAAUAGCCCUACAUCCGUUCCAUCAGUUAGCAAGAGUGAAUACCCACCAUGUCAGUGUAUUCCAGAGACUCACGGCUCAGGGGAAAAGAAAGACUGCCUUUUAUAGUUUAAACUCAUAACUCCUGCUCCUCCCAAUUAUCUGCCAAUAUAUAAUCUUUUAUACCCCUCUCAGUCUCUGCUCCUCUAAACUAAAUGUAACAAUAUCAUUGGGUUUAUGUUCCUUAAUAAUCAUCCUUAUUGCCAUCCUCCAAACCUUUAUCAUGGUAUCUGUCUCAAUCCUUAUUCUGAGGUCAAAGUGGGCACAGUAUUCUACAAUGUCAAAAUGGUGUCCUUUGACAUCCUAAAUUAUUCUAUUAAUUCAACAAAAUAGCACGCUAAUUUUAAACUGUGGUCUCUCUAUUUUACUCACGAGCAUUCAGUAAUUGUGCAUAAUUGCAUUAAGAUGUCUUGCAGCCUCUUUCUGUAUUACCUCCUGCAAAUGAUGCCUGGAUUAUGUUUAACUUUGUGUUUAUCUAAAUUAAACACCACUUGGCAAUGCAUGAUCUAAUUCUCGAAAACAUUGAAAUCCUUUGGAUUGGAUUGCUCUCUUUGAUACAAUAUCCACCCUUGCACAGAUAAUGGUAUUAUCUGCAUUCCAUGCUCUGAACAAUGACAUGGAACUGGACUUAAUACCAAUCUCUGGGGAGAUGCCACUGGUAACACAUCUCUAAAUUGAUUCACAUCAGAUAAAUACAACCUUUUGGCUGCAGGAUUGAAGCCAAUUUCUAAUUUGAUGUAAAUAUGUUUACUGAUACCAUCUUGUGCAGUUGCAGAAUGUGAAGUAUUUAAAACGUUUGUCGAAAAGGUCAAUUUUUAAAUCUAUCCAAGUUAUCAGCAGGUGGUGUCUAAAUUAUGUCUAAAAACAUUGUAACUUGCAGUGGAGAACAUCCUGAGUGAUAUUUUCUUCACCAUUAGCACAAGUGUGAUUGAGAAAAAAUGAUGAGAAAGAGUCCUUGCCUUCCAUUAACCAAGUUCCCAGUCUCUGAGAAUGUGAGUUGUUCAUAGUGAAUCCGUGAUGAACAGCAACAAUGAAUCAAGCCCAAAAUGGUCACCAUUUUGUGUGAUUUUGAUUUGCAUUGGCAUUAUGAAAAAUGAGAGAAUUGUAGAGUACAGAAACAGGCCUUAAAGGGCCUGUCCCACUUAAGCUAUUUUUUAGGCGACUGCCGGUGACUAGGCUGGUGCCACAUGGUUGCCGGGGUGUUGCCUGUAUGGUCGUGAGUAGUCUCCUCAGUCGCCCAAAGAGCCGUAGUCUUUCUGGUCGCCACUGGAUUUUCAACAUGAACAAAAUAUUUGGUGACAGUGGGUUGACAUAGCUUGACUUCUCCUGACGUAGGUGCUGUCGUAGGUUGUCGCCAGGUGACUUAGGUUUUCGACGGUGCUGAUCGGUAAAUUCCAUUGGCGAUUGCCUAUGUCAACCUACACCAACUGGCGUCAGGUAUCGGCGACUGAAUUGUCUUCAGUUGUCGCCGACAGGGUCGUAGCUUGUCAUAGCUUGUCGCGGGUGGACGUAGGAUGACUUUGGUUGUCGCAGGUUGUCAUAGGUGUGGUAAUAGGUGGACGUCCUAAUGGGUCGCCGGUUGUCAGUAGCUUGCUGUAGCUUUACGUCGACUAGGUGGUAGGUUGCUGUAGCUUGUCGUGGACAUUGUGGUGAUGGGGUCCAGUUGCCGGUUUAUCGGCGACCUGCUACGUCUAUGACAGUUGCCAUCAGUUGCCUAAAAAUCCGCCUAAGUGGGGCAGGCCCUUUACAACUCAUCUUGUUCUUGUCAAUUGUGAUGCCUGUCUGCGCUAAUCCCAUUUGCCCACAUUACACAUGCAUCCCGCUACUCCUUUUCUAUUGAAGUAUGUCCAAGUGUCUUUUAGAUAUUGCAAUAGAAUCUACAUCCUGUGGCAGUAUGUUGCAAAUAUCUACUACCCUCUACUUGAAAAAACUUAACAUUUCUCCUUUAAAUGUAUCCCCUCACACCAUAAAGCCGUGCCCUCUAUCUCUGGACUCAUCUGCCCUGGGAGAAAUGACUACCUAUCCUAUUUAUGCCCAUCAUCAUUUUAUUAAAUUCUAUAAAAUCAUCCUUCAGCUUCCGACAUUCCAGUGCAAAAAAAACGCAGACUCUCUGAUCUUCCAGGGCAAUAUCCCAGUAAAUAUCCCAGUAUCUUACUGGGCAAUAUCCCAGUAAAUCUCUUUUGCAUUCUCUUUAUCGCUAUCAAAUCCUUUCUGCAGUGUGACCACCAGGACUGUACCCAAUUCCCGAAGAGCAAUCAAACCAAUGUUUCCUACAGCCACAGCAUGAUUAGACUAGACUUGAAUGUACAUUGUCCUCAGGUGUUUCACAAAGUUUCUGCCUUAGCUUGCUGUCCUGUAUUGUUUUCCUACUCAAGUCUGUACAGGUUCACUAGAUGCUGCUCCCACAUUCAUCUUCUCUGACAUUUCUCAUGACAUAUAAUUCUACAGUCAUGCGCUCAGGCAGAUACGAGCCCGAGUAGUGUUAACAGUGCAAUGUCUUUUGGUCCACGUGCAAAACAUUAAGCUGAGAUCGUUAGCUGCAUUAUGUGUUUUUUCUUGGCGGAGACAUCUUUAGCUUAGUCUUGUGCAAAUUCUGAGUUCAAAUAUAGGAAACAGUUAAACAUUCAAAAUUUUAAACAAAGUGAGGAAAGUUGCUGUGUUAAGACAUUUAAAUCUGCCCUACAGAUUCACUCAGACUUUUGACAGACCACUUGAAGAAAUUGGUGGCGAUGCUUUGCUUUGCGGACUGAUCAAAACUGAAGUCACCUGAUGAGCUGCAACAUAAUAGGAGUAUUCACUGGCUAUUAUAACCUGUGAGGCAUUAAGAUUUAAUAUUUAUUUUGUGAGAAAUUCUGGACGCCAUGUGUGAGGAAGGAUGUGCUGGCUCUGGAGAGGGUCCAGAGAAGGUUUGCAAGAAUGAUCCCAGGAAUGAGGGGGUUAACAUAUGAUAAGCGUUUGGUGCCACUGGGCCUGCACUCACUGAAGUUUAGAAGGAUGAGGGGACACCUCGUUGAAACUUAUCGAGUAAUGAAAAGCUUGGAUAGAAUGGAUGUGGAGAGGAUGUUUCCACUAGUGGGAGAGUCUAGGACUACAGGUCAUAGCCUCAGAAUCAAACGACGUUACUUUAAGAAGGAGAUGAUGAGGAAUUCAUUUCAUCUGAGGAAGGUGCAUCUGGAAUUAUUUGCCACAGAAGGCUGUGGAGGCCGUCAAUUGAUUUUUUAAGGCAGAGAUAGAUAGAUGUUUGUGUAAGGGGUUAUGGGGAGAAGGCAUGAGAAUGGGGUUAGGUGGGAGAGAUAGAUCAGCCAUUGAUGGGCCGAAUGGCCUAAUUCUGUUCCUAUCACUUAUCACCUAUCUAAGCAACCAUGCAAACAUAUGGGAAACGGCUUUAGUCGUGGCUGCAGAAUUCCUGGGGUCCAUACCUGCUCCAUUGCCGCAAGUUCUCGUCACAUUUUACUGGUGAAUUUUAACACAUUCUUCAAGUUGUCACCACAGUUUCAGUAAGGAAAUUCAUAAUCUGCUUUUAAUCUAUUCUCAUAAUACUUUCUGAAAGCAUAUGCAGAAUGAAGCUAAAUACCUAAAUUAGAAGCAAACAAAGGAGGCAUUAGUUUUUUUUUUAAAUGUGAUUCUUCAGAACCUCAUUGACAAGCUGAAUUAAUUGCUCAUGAACUGCAGUAUAAACACUCUUAUACGCAAUAAUAGUAAUUUGCCAUGAGCUGUGUAAAAUGUAAAAUCUCAACAGAAAAUACUAUGUUCAACUUGUUGUUUACUGAAAAUGAAGCACGCCUGAAGUGUCAGUGGGUAUGUACUGCACUGUUUUAAUCUAUUCAACUAUCACUUUGUUCAUUGGUUCUGCCAGCUGACUACAAUCCUGUAGAAACAAGGCAGCAUCUCAACAGUUCAUGGAUAGGUGACAUUUUAGGAUGGGAUCAGUCUGUCGAAGGGUCCCGACCCAAAACAUCACCUAUCCAUGUUCUCCAGGGAUGCUGCCUGACCCAUUGAUGCCAACGAUCAACGUAAUGAUGCACCCAUUUUGUUCCUCCAGCACUUUGUGUCCAUUUUUGCCAAAUCCUUAAUUCUAAUUGCUGACAAUUGGUCAGGUAAAUUUGUAUUCAGUCAACGGUGCUAAAAGGAUCAAGUUCUCCUUGUACUCAUCUCUACACAUGGAGUCAAUUAAAAUGUUGGCGGGUACAACUGGUACUUUUACGCACUUUAACCAUUGAAAACCAAAGACAAAUUUCUCUUGUUGUGUAUUUCAGAAAAGAGACUAUCUCCACUGAAUGAAUUAGUAGCACAAUCAAUUUAAAACAACAGACAUAUAUCAUGGAAUGGUCACAGAGUUAGGAGUAGUUUUUAGUUUGAAUUCAGUGGAAAUCUGAUUGUGGAUUGAUGCAGCCAUUGUGCCUGCCUCUGAUUGGACUUACAGUUACCCCUAUGGAGCACUGUUUGCUGUGUACUGUAUUUAGUUUAAUAUUUGCUUUAGUCAAAGAAUGGUGAACGCACUAACAGUUUGCUGGGGGAAUUCAGAGGAUCUAGCACCAUCUGUGGGGGGGAAUCAAAUUGUCAAUGGUUUGGGCUGAAACACUACACCUGGAAGGAGAUUAGACAGGGAAGAUAGUUGGUUUAAAGAGGAGAGGGAUUAGGGUUACAAACCAAAAUGUUAUCAAUAUCUUUACCCCAGCAGAUGUUGCAGGAGUUGCUAAGUUUCUCAAACAGAGUUCAUAUUGUUCCAGAUUCCAGUAUCUGGAAAGCAGUCUCCUGUGUUUCCAAUGUACUGACAAUGCCCGUGGAUUGAAAUUCCCUUUUAGGUAACCUAACACAGGAGCCCAGUACUCUGCCCCACUAUGAACCCUAAUACUUACCUGAUGCAACCUUCACCAAGCAUAUUAAUUGUGGAACAUAUGGGGAGAAGGCAGGCACGGGUUAUUGAUUGGUGAUGAUCAGCCAUGAUCACAAUGAAUGGCGGUGCUGGCUCGAAAGGUUGAAUGGCCUCCUCCUGCACCUAUUUUCUAUGUUUCCUAAUAGCUGGCAGCUUGCAUUGUACAUCCCUGGCGAGAGUUAUGUGGAGUACAGUGGCUUCACCCUUUUGUAUUAGGCUCUUAAUAAUCUUACCCGCUGUCCCUAUAAACAUCGGCAGGGUACUUAAAGGUGACCAAGUAUUGUUUAAUUUUAUCGUGUAUUUCAAAGGAGCAGGGGGUGUUAUUCCUGACCACACAAGCAGUGCCUCCAGCCUGAUCCCAAUCCACACAUGGUUCUUAUUUCCUCCAGGCCUAGCCUACGUGAACCAGCCGAUGUUCAGUGCUUUGUUUUGUUCUUUCGCAGGAUGUGGCCAACAUUAGCUUUGCUGCAUGUAAAGUAUUUUCCCAGUUAUUGAGUACACCAAACAUUAACCAUGUAGAAGAGGAAAGAAAUCAUAUUUAGGCCAAGAACAUCUUUCCCUGAGUACUUAGGUGAACUGUUUUUUUUUUUUUUUUAAUGAUAAUCCAGCCAGCCCAAAUAAAAAUCAUAUCGUACAUCCUGAUGCUGGAUGCAUUCUGCCAGAUUUGUUUUCAGUUUGGAUGGAAAUUGAAGAUCACUCUUUAAUUGGUAAAUGAACUAUUAUGAACAUUUUAUGUCCUGGUUGAUCUAUUUUUCUUUUACUUAUGGUAUGUGAGAGGAGCGGCUAUUUUUAAAUGUGGCCAUCAAAUUCUACCACCCACGGCCCCUUUUACCACCCACUUUAAUUAGCAGAAUCCAUAAAUCUACUUGUCCCUCUCUUCUCAUUCUCCUGGCAGGAUGAUCAUCGAUCAAUCUCCCACUUCAAUCUUUAAUUAAGUACUCCUCACCAGAGUGUCACUCUGCAAACAUGGAAGUAAUCUGUUCUUUACCAGCUUGCACCCAAGUGCAACUAUUCCAAUAUGCUAUCCCACUUUAUUUAUUUCGUUGUUGAUGAUUGCAAUUCUAAAUCAUGUAUCGAGUUACAUUUCUCUUCCACUUAUCGCAUUGAUAUCUGCCAACCUGUUCCCUCAGCGCUAGUGCGUGGGUGCCUGUAUUUAUGUCUAUUUUCUUCAUUUUUCCUGAACCCAAAGGUAUAUAUAUCUUUAGUUUAAUGAAGAAAGAAGAACAGUUUUUCUUAUGCACAAAUUUGAACCAAAGCCUUGUAUUUUUAGAAGAGGAUGUGAGGAAGUGGAAUUGGAGCAACAUCUGGAAGAAUGUCUUUUGGGACAAUAUGAAAAGAUAGCAUUGUUUUUCUUCAUAUGUAAUCAAGGCAAAACAUUUAAAAUACACAGAAUAAUUAAUUAUAAGCAGAAAUAUGUCAAAGCAGUGAACACAAAUAAAAGGAAGUUUAUAAUGAUUUUCAGAGCAAAUUUUCAGCAAUAACCAUAUAGCAUGAAAUUAUCAGUAAGUUUUAAUGUAAAUAGUCAAGUUGCAAGACAUUAAAAAAAAUUAAUAUCAUAAAUGGUAGCAUGAAACUUUACUGGAGAUUAUAUUGUACCAUUUCCCUUUAAUGAAUUGCUGCAUCAAAGUUAUUUUGAUUUAAGCCUUUCUCUUAACUCUGAGUUUGAUGUUUGGUGGAGAUAUGAACACAAAGCUAAAAGUAAACUAUUGAGUUUAUGUAUAUUUAAAAAAAAGCAAUAUUUUGCAAGAUUACAUUGACUAUUUUAGUUAUUGUUUACAACCAAUUUACAUUCUAAUCUGACAUGUAAUCAGAGUGUAAGAAACAAUUUUUAUAGGUGUGGCUCUCGCUCUAAAUUUGGUCUUGGAAAAUAUUUACCUAUCGUAUUCCUGCAUAAUGAUUAUAUAAUUACAUAAAUUUAUUUGUUUGGUGUGCACUCGGAUUUAUGUUUAAAACUAAAUGCCUAUAACAUUUUUAUUCUAAGCCUGCUAGAAUGACUAUAACUUGUGCAUUCAACAUUAAUUUGGCAAAUUUGUUAAAUUGCAAUAAUCUGAAAUCAAAAUGUUCUUGCACUUUAAUAAAGCAUUAUAACAGUUACCUUGGCUUCUUGUGGCUGCAUUGAUUCAAUGAUGUUGCCAUUCAACUGACUGAAAACAAUCUUGACAUUUUCUUCUAUUCUUCUCUCACUGUGUGUUAUUGUUUCAAAUUGAUGCCUAUGAAGGGUGCUUUCAAUGGUUUAUAUAUAACUUUGUGUUCUCCUAUAAAGAUUUUCCAGGCUCACAGUGAAAAGAGUAAUCCUUUGUUGGUAUGCCCUUGCAAAGCACAUCAGCUCAGUCUUUAAGGAGAUUGAUGUCAAACAAUAACACUCCAUGUAUCUUUUCCAUCAAGAAUCUUUUAGUUCUAUCUCACAAAGCAGAUCAAUGUAGAGGAAUGUAUUACAGAUAAAAUAUAGCUAUUCUGUCAACUAUAUUUUCUACU